UUUUGGUUGUCAUGAAUGAGGGUGUGUGUGUGCGUGUCUGUGUUGUGUGUGGGGGUGUGUGUGCUACUGGCAUUAAGUGGGUAGAGGCCAGGCAUGCUGCUAAACAUCCUACAAUGACCAGGGCAGCACCUAUUGGAAAGAGUCAUCCAGCCCCAAAUGCCAACAGUAUGAGGCCGAGAAGCCCCGGCCUAGGCAGAGCCUCCGUCUUUGGGGAUGACAGGCAGGAUGGUCCUUCCUCUUCCAGAUUCGGCCCCCGUCGGAUCAGGGAGGAAUCAGUGAUGCUGCGGUCAGCCAAUCCUAGCACGGGGGCCCUCCCCUUCCAGUUCCUCAUGGUCGCGGACCUGGGCGAUGUGAACGUCAAUCUUUACAACCUCCAGGACAGCUGCCGGCUCAUUCAGGAGGCCUAUCAGAAAAUCGUAGCAGCUGGCUGUGUUCCUCUGACCUUGGGUGGAGAUCACACAAUCACAUAUCCCAUACUACAAGCAAUGGCUAAAAAGCAUGGCCCUGUGGGAUUGCUGCACGUGGAUGCGCACACGGACACAGCCGACAAGGCCCUGGGAGAGAAGCUGUAUCACGGGACGCCCUUCCGCCGAUGUGUGGACGAGGGGCUCCUGGACUGUAAGCGGGUGGUGCAGAUUGGCAUCCGGGGCUCUUCCAUGACCUUGGAUCCCUACAGAUACAACCGGAACCAGGGCUUCCGGGUCGUCCUUGCAGAAGACUGCUGGAUGAAGUCGCUGGUUCCCUUGAUGGGGGAGGUGAGGCAGCAGAUGGGAGGCAAACCCAUCUAUAUCAGCUUUGAUAUUGAUGCCUUGGAUCCCGCCUAUGCCCCAGGGACAGGGACACCUGAAAUCGCUGGUCUCACCCCUAGUCAGGCUCUGGAGAUCAUCCGGGGCUGUCAAGGCCUGAAUGUGGUGGGUUGUGACCUUGUGGAAGUCUCACCGUUAUAUGAUCCUUCUGGAAACACGGCGCUGCUGGCGGCUAACCUGCUGUUUGAAAUGCUGUGCAUUCUCCCCAAAGUGAAAGUUGUCUGAGCUUGUGUUCCUUAAGAUAAAAUAACAGAUGGCGUCACUGGCAAAUUCUCAAGAAGAAUUUAUGUGCAAGCAGUCUGGGUACUGAAGAGUUUAUGCCAGUAAAGCUUCCCACUAAAAGUGCCGUUGGCGUUUCUAAGAUCAGGGCACUCGGUAUAACUCUCAUCCAAAGAGCUAAAGUUUCAAAGGAGUUUGAAUUAACUUUUACAAAUAGGAAGCACUCGUCAAUUGUACCGGUUUGAUUUUUGCCUUUGAUUAAAGAUGGCGAAGAAAUGGAAAACUUAGAUCAGUGUUAUCUAAAAAAUGGAGAUAUGAAAUAAAGCUGAUGAAAUACUACUGGAUAAACCUUCCAUAUUUCUCUAGUACCUUCCUACUGCUGAGGAGCUUAGGGUUGCACUUUGCUUCUAGGACCACUCAAUAAAAAGACUGAAAGAAACAUGAAGAUCCUAAUAAAGCAGCUUCUUACUUAACAUCAGGUGGACUCAUGAAAUGUCUUCUAAGCCAAACAACAUCUGCUGACUCCAAAGAGCCCUUAAUGACGCUCCCUCUACCCGACUCCUUGCAAGCCUCAGUGGUGCCCUAUCUACUCUUCAAGCUGAUGCACCCUCUGGGACAGCAGUUCUUGACAUCGCCAGUUAAGGUGUGUUGGCCUUCAGCAUGUGUCGAGUUACAU